AUGAGCUCCUAUUUCGUGAACCCUCUCUUUUCCAAAUACAAAGGCGGUGAAACGUUGGAACCAACUUACUAUGACUGCAGGUUCCCUCAAAGCGUCACCCCGAGUCACGCGCUGGUGUACCGUGCGGGAGCGGCGGCGACGGGAUUUCAGCACCCGCCCCAUCACGUCCAAGACCUCUUUCACCAUGGGACGGCGGGGAUCUCCACACCAGGCUACCAGCAGAAUCCAUGCGCCUUGGCUUGCCAUGGAGAUGGCACUACAUUUUAUGGAUACGAAGCCCUUCCGAGACAAACGCUUUAUGGUACCCAACAAGAGGCAAGCGUGGCCCUAUACCCAGACUGUAAAUCGUCAAAUGGCACUAACCUCGGAGAAGGACAAGGCCACCUAAAUCAAAACCAGUCUCCUAGUCUCAUGUUUCCAUGGAUGAGACCGCACGGUUAGUAGGCUACGUUUUAAUAUGUCCAUUAGUGCAAUUAUAUAGGCUCUAACAUUAUAAGCGUAGGCUACAGUUAGGUUUCUUGUGUGGUUAUUUUGUUGUACUUUUCAUGCCAUGUAGCCUACAUUCGGUAAAGUAUGAUAACGUUUUCGGAUCAUCACUUAUCACUCAGUAGAACUUCAUCGCUUAACCGUGGCACAAUGACACACUCUCAUCAGAUCUGAGCUACUUUGAUUACAGGCAUAUAAAUACCAGUAGAUCUGCGUCAGUGCUGUGCCAUUCAUGGCGGCUCAAUUGAUCGCUAGAAGAUGAGAAAAUAAGCAGAAAUUAAUAACAACAGUAAACACGAAUUAAGUGAAAGUUCAGCAUAAGCACUUGGCAUGGCGUUUAUCUUCCCAUACAUUUACAUUUUACAUUUUAGUCAUUUAGCAGAUGCUCUUAUCCAGAGCGACUUACAGUUAGUGAGUGCAUACAUUUUUUUUUCUUCAUACAUCCAGACAGCUAUCCAAGAGUAGAGGGUAUGUAUAGUCUUGGAUUUUCCAGUAGAGUGGAAUGGCUCAAUGUGGAUGUCACCAACCUCUGAUAUAGCAUACACAGCCAGGGCUCAAAUAAGAAUAGCUCUGCGAACUACCUCCGACACACACACACACACACACACACACACACACACACACAACAAUCAAUAUCAAACAAUCAGUCUUCUAUUUCAAAUAUAAUAAUGAACCAGACACAGUUUUGCAACAAUUCCUGCUUAAUUGUAAGUGCUAUUUCCAUUCUAUAGCCCCAGGAAGACGGAGUGGCCGACAGACCUACAGUCGAUACCAAACACUGGAGUUGGAGAAGGAAUUUCUAUUCAACCCUUACCUCACCCGUAAGCGUCGGAUCGAGGUGUCUCAUGCUUUAGGGCUGACGGAGCGGCAGGUGAAGAUUUGGUUCCAAAACCGACGGAUGAAGUGGAAAAAGGAGAACAACAAGGACAAAUUUCCGUGCCAAAGAGUAGAGACGGAGAAAGAGGGUGAUGGUGAUGGUGAGGGAGAGGGCGAGGGAGAGGGCGAAGAUGAAGGCAAUGAUGAUGGUGAAGGAGAAGAGGGAGACAAAGGGGAAACGGGAGAGGAAGAGGAGACGAAAUAG